AUGGAUCUACCAACAGUUUCGUCUCAUGGUGUGCGUGAAAAGAUUGAUAUUGCUUGGAGUCAUUGUAGUGAAACUAAAGGUGCAGAUGAUAAAAAACAAUAUAGAUGCCUACAUUGUGGGAUUAUAUAUAAAGGUGGAGGAAUUAAUAGGCUAAAGCAGCAUCUAGCAGGAGUAAGAGGUAACAUAUCUUCGUGCAAAAAAGUCCCACAUGACAUUCGUCACCAGAUGAUAGAAAAUUUAAAAGAAAUAGGCAAGAAAAAAGCACAAACCCAGGAGGAAUUAGAGCAGAACACAACAUUGUUUGUUGAUGAACAUAUAGAUGAUGAAAGGGGGUCUUCAUCACUUCCAAAGUCACAAACAUCUGAUGCACACCAUGAAGGACUUGAUAAAGGGAAGAGAAAGAAAGAUGAAAUAGAUAACUUUUUUGCACCAAGAACUAAACCAGGUUCUCAACCCUCAUUGAAAAGUGUAAUGGCUUCCAAAGAAGCCAUAUAUCGUGCUGAUUUAGCAGUUGGAAGAUGGUUUUACGAUAGUUGCAUCCCCUUCAAUGCCAUAAACUCUCCUUUUGCGCAGAAGGCAAUUGAUGCUAUAGCUGCAAUUGGACCUGGUUAUAAGUUGCCAUCCUAUCACAAAUUGAGAGUUAAUCUUCUGCGAGAUUGCAAAGAGGAAUGUCGGUUGCUGAUAGAUUCAUAUAGAAGAUCUUGGAAAGAAAUAGGUUGCACACUCAUGGCAGAUGGUUGGACAGAUAACAGAAAUAGAACUUUGAUUAAUUUUCUUGUUUAUUGUCCAAGGGGCUUAGCAUUCCUGAAAUCUGUUGAUGCUUCUGAUAUUACAAAGGAGCGAAGACACUUGUUCACUAUUGGUGAAGUUGCGUAG